CAAUGUUUCUGCAUUUGCAGAAUCUGUCAUGUUCGGAUUUGACUUGGCACCGGAAAACUUGAAAUAGAGCUUCGUGAGCACGUGACCGUGUCAAAUUGCGCGUGACUCCCGCGUGACCACAACGAUUGUGCUUGGACGCGAUCACCAUGUCUGCUUUGACUCCCGCGCUGCCUGUGGAUCAGCUGGAAUCUCUAAGGUUCAAAACCAAUCAGAUCAUCGAGUCCAUAAUCGGUCUUCAGAGAACUAUCGAGGCGGGGUACUCAAACUAUAUGCACCCAUGGCCAGACAUCCUUUCCAAGUAUAACAUGCUGCUCUCCCAGACUCACAAUCUUUCGAAUGCGCUUGUUGCACCCGUGCAGGGGACAUCCCUCACAUUCGACUCCUCCGGCGCGCCUCAGAUAUCCCAAGUCAAUCGCGCCAACCCCUUCGAGUCCAUUGCUCUGCACCCGUGUGUCGGCAUGCCCGACACGCAGCUGGAUAACGAGGUGAUUCCGCUCCUCCGGAACCAACAGACAACGGAGGUGCUGCGGGCGGAAAACGAGACCGUCAGGCGUCUCGCAGAGCACAUGGCCACGCGGGGCUCUCUCGGGGUGCUCGGGGCUGCUCUUCCAGCCCCGACAGCCCUUGGGGUACUUCCCCCGAAGCCAGAAUACGAGGACGUUCUUCGGGAGUGCGAUCAAAUUCGGGGGAUGCAUGACCAGCGCGUCGAGCGGGCGGUCAGGGCGGUGGCGAUGUUGCGGGAGAAGUUCGAGCUCAAGCAGCGUGUCCAAGUUGAAGAAGAGGAGCCCGAGGAGUUGACUUGGGACCCGCGACUGGGCAUGCCUAUGGAAACUGGGGCUGAGGCCGAUGCGGAGAUGGAUGAGGGCGACGAAGGGAUGAGCGAUGACGAGGAUGACGAUGGAGAUGGGGGUGACUCUACACGGCGUGGUGGGGGUCCGCCCGAAGUCAAUGGCUCAACCGUCCUCAUGGAUAUAAACAUGUAUUAGUUCAGGGAUAUCUUCCGUGCCUUGUGCAGAAUCUCCUCACACAUCAUGGGGAAACAUACCGCCAGUCACCAUCAGUCACUUAUCGUCACUCACUAGUCACGGUGACGGUAACAAUCCAGCAACUCGUUUUUAUUCUCCACCGCACGCAGAACGUUCUCCAUGUUGCACGGUCGUCUCGCCUCGAGAAUCGGCGCGGCAGCCAGCCCCCUGCUGUCUUCACGCCUGUACCCUUCUUCGGCCUCAGUCUCUCGCGCCGUCUUGUCUGCAGCGACGCGUCGUACAUUUCUGACAACCGCGCGCGCCUCCUUCCCCGCCGGAGCUGCCACCAAGCCUAAGGCCAAAGCUACCACGACGAAAGCUAAAGCCUCUACUGCUGCGAAGAAAAAGCCUGCCGCGAAAAAGCCUGUGCGCAAGGCAUCUCGCGUCGCGGCGAAGAAACCGAAGACCCCCGUGAAACGCAAGCCCAAGAAGAAGGUUGUGCCCAAGAAAGCCCCGCGCAUCCUCAAAUCGCAGGGCCCGCCGUCUCGAAGGUCAUCGACUUUCCUCGUGUUCUUCCAGGAAUACAUGGAAAAGCAUGGCUCGGAGAGAGGAGGAUCGAUCAUAGACUUCAGCAAGGAAGCCGGAGCACGCUACCGUGCCAUGUCUGACGCGGAGAAAGAGCCGUAUGCGGUGAAGGCGCGCGAGCAAACUGCUCUGAGACAGGCUGAAUAUCAGAAAUGGAUUGAAGAGGCUGACCCCGACUUCCUUCGUCGUCUCAACAAGCAGCUCAAAGCGUCGAAGAAGCGCAGAAUCGUUGAUAAGAACCGUGUCAAGAAGCCUGUUUCUGGUUACAUUCAGCAAGUAUCCAUUAACCCCUUUUCUUUCCUGUGCUCAUCGUUCUCUAGAUAUUUCCUGGAUAACUUCAAGGAGGGCACUCCCGCUGAACGAGGCAAAGCGGCUGGUGCUGGUUGGAGACAAUUGUCUGAAGCAGAGCGACAGAAAUACCAAGCGCAAGCGAAAGUUGCCUUGGACGAGUGGAAGGCAGCCCAAUCCAAUGCUUGAACACAUUCUGUUAUCGACUUAUCAGCUUCCUACUUCACCAUAUCCUAUCCUACCAAAUUCUACCUGUAUUAUCAACGAUUCCCGGCGCUUGCAGCUAUUUCAUAUCUUGAAUCUUUUGGCAUAUCGAAAGUCCCUCCCCCCUCACUAAUAGCACGGCGCAUCGACAAGCUUGGCGGCACUUUGCUUCAAACGCUCACGAGCCCAAACAUUUUUCUCGCCAUCCGAAUCGCGGUGCUCUCGAAGCACGACAAGGGCCAGGAAGACAUCGUACCAGACCCGUUUCGUUCGUUGUCGCGGGAACACAAUUAAAUUGCCAUCUGCGCCACGGGUGGCGCGAUAAGCUUCCCAGAACGUGUCGCUGGCGUCGAGGAAGAAUGUUUCGAGCAGUGGGUCACCCCACAGUGCAUGAGCGACCGAGGGCAGUAUUGCGAAGGCGUUGAGCUCGCCGCUGGCCGCGAAUGCCAGGAAGACAUCGUCCGCCGAGCCCGUGAACCAGAUCAACGAAGGAACUUCGACGUCUGCGAACAGAAAGGCGGAGAUGGCACGAGCAAGGGCGGUGCGCAGCUGCGCAAGAACGGGCUCUUCGAUGCUGGCUGCCGAAGCGUCCAGAAGAGACUCGAGCAAUGACGUGAAGGUCUCUUGCCACUCGUAGGACGGGUUCGAAGGGGGCGUCGCCGAGGGAAGACCGAAGAAAUCGUUCAUGGCGCCGUUGUGCAGCUCCCCGAGGUACUUGCCGAGUUGGAGGUCGAUGUACGCUUGCUGUUUCGCGUUCAGGGCUCUUCCGGCGCGCGCAUCGGCUAGUGAUAUGAGGCGGGAAGAGACGAGCGGGUAUAUGGGAGUGGUCAGAUACAUGUAAGGCAGGAUGUCAUCGGGAUCGGAGAAUUUCGGUUCGGGGAUGGGGAUCGUUGUGUUUUGUCGGAUUACAGAGAUGAUUUGGGGAAAGAGAGCCAAGGAGUUCGGUUUGUAGACUUCGGACGCUUGGUCUUCAUCGGCGUUCGAUACAACCAGGAAAGUCGAAUGCGUCGGUUCGGCAUUGGUAGAGAUAGCCAGAUCGAGCAGGUAUGUCGUGAGCAGGGGAUUGUAGCUGCACACGAUCGAGUAAGACUCGACUCUGUUCAUGCGUCUCAGUAAUUAAUGGUCACCUAAACCCAUGCGACACCUUGAUGAAGUUGACGAUGGUAGCGGGUGUGUCACUCUCUGACGAAAGGUGCUUAUCGACGACAGCCUGUGCUUGUUCAAUGGUGAUCGUAGGAGGAGCCAUGGUGGAUGUAUUGAACAUCCCGGGCCCGGUCACCUUCGAUUACGAGCCUGAGGCUAAUCGAUAAUCUGACCCGCGAUGUC